GUGCUGCUCUGUGCCCCCCCGGGUUUUGGGGACCCCCAAUCCAUUUCGGGGGGGUCUCAGGUGCCCCUCUGUGCCCCCCAGGUGCGGGGGGCUCCGGCCAUCGCCCCUUGAGGGACCCCCAAUCCAUUUUAGGGGGUCUCAGGUGCCCCUCUGUGCCCCCCAGGUGCGGGGGGCUCCGGCCAUCGCCCCUUGAGGGACCCCCAAUCCAUUUUAGGGGGUCUCAGGUGUCAUUCUGUGCCCCCCCGGGUUUUGGGGGGUCUCAGGUGCCCCUCUGUGCCCCCCAGGUGCGGGGGGCUCCGGCCAUCGCCCUGCUGGGCUGCCUCAGCCUGGCCGUGGAGCUGGCGGGGGGCGCGGGCCCCCAGGACGAUUUGGGGGCGCUGGAGGAGUUCGUGGGGCAGAAAUUGGGGUUCCUGCUCAGCGCCCGCCCCACGGCCGCCAACCUGGGCCGGGAGGCCGAGAGGCUGCGGGGGUGGGUCCGGAGAAAGGUGGAGACCCCCGGGGUGACCCCCCAGGAGCUGCGGGAGAGAAUUAAUGUGCCAGUUCACAUUCAGACUGAAAAGCAGCUGUCCGUCUCUGAGCAAGGUGGGGAUGCAGAGUGGGAUGGGGACAGGGAGGAGGGACACGGGAUGGGUGACAGGGACCCGGCCUUUGACGUCACGCCGCACGAGCUGAUCACGGGGGGCAUCAUCACGGAGUGGGGGGUCUUCGCCCCCUCCGAGGUGUGCCGGGAGCUGGCGGAGCGCGGGGAGCGGUGACGGCUUCCGCCUCGGUGCAUCCCGGCAGCCUUUGCGGCAAUAAAGCCUCGGUAUAUCCCAGUAGUCUUUACGGCAAUAAAACCUCGGUAUAUCCCGGCA